GGGCCGGCGCAUAGAUCGCUGGCGGGCAGCUGCGCCGGCGCACAUGUCACAUCACAGCCGCCCGGGCUGAGGUGAACGUGCCGACGCGAUCUCAUGCGGUCUCUCAUCUCCGGUUGCGACGAGGUUUCGUUGUGGGUCUAGUUGGGGUAUGUGUGGUGUGGAUGUGCCAUGAUGCUGGGCGGCAUGGAUGGCAAGGAGUAUGGUGCGCUGCACGCCGCAGCGGCUGCCGCCGGCUACGCUAUGGAUGCUACAGAUCCCAGCGGCGGCGGCAUGGGCAACCCAGGCGUGGGUGGCGGCGCCCAGCAGUACGGCGAGGUCAACCAGCUGGGCGGCGUAUUCGUCAACGGCCGCCCCCUGCCCAACGCGGUGCGGUUACGAAUCGUGGAACUGGCGCAACUGGGCAUCAGGCCAUGCGACAUCAGCCGGCAACUAAGGGUGUCCCACGGUUGCGUCUCCAAGAUCCUAGCGCGGUACCACGAGACUGGGUCCAUUCUGCCGGGCGCCAUUGGAGGCUCCAAGCCCAGGGUCACCACACCUAAGGUGGUGUCCUACAUAAAGCAGCUUAAAGCAAAAGACCCCGGCAUCUUCGCGUGGGAGAUCCGCGACAGACUGCUGGCCGACGGGGUCUGUGACAAGUACAACGUGCCCUCCGUGUCCAGCAUCAGCCGGAUCCUGAGGAACAAGCUGGGGGGAGGCGCCCUGUACCCGGUGCCUCCGCUGUACCCUGUGCCCCCCCAGAGGUGCUGGCCGCUACAUCAGCCGUACGACUACUAUGUUUAUCUGCAGGGUCGUCAGCACGCGGCAGGGAACCCGCACGCCCUCCCCCACCCCCACCAGCAACCACCGCCGCACCACACGCAUGCUCUCUGACGCCACCACCACGCGACCAACCACGACCGGUGAUCGUGCUGCACUGUGAUGGACUUGUAUGUGGUGUGAAGAGAAUCACGAAGAUGAAUUACAUUCACCUUACAUCUUUAUAUCACAGACCGUGAUCAGUGGUAGAACAUUGGUGUUGACGUUUCAGCUAUCUCAAAAGGUGAUCAAACUACAAUUAAAUCAUCAGAUCCAUUAGCAUUCAAUCCGUCGUGUUAAUACGUGAUAACAAUUUGACAUCUCUGUUAACGUUACAAAUACGAAAUGAUUGCCGCAAAAUCCCGCAAGUGGCGCUGACUCGAGUGACUUUUGACAAAGUGAAAUUGUCGAAUGUAGCGAUAAUAAAAGUAUUAUUUGUGUACAUAGGAAGUGUAAGAUAUUAGAUAAAUUAUAUUAGAUAGAAGAUAUUAUAGAAAUUUACGAGAAAUAAGUAGACAGUACAAUCUAAUGGAAGUUGUACGUGAAAUAUGUAUCGAUAUAAUUUAUAUCAACUGGAAUACGCGUUGAACUCAUGAUCCUCAUACGAAAUAUUGAUUUUAAAUAAUGAUUCUAUCUCCUUAGAUUAUAUAGAUAGUCUCCAUAAAAAUGCUUCAAGAAAAACGGGUCAACUUUAUCAUACAAUUUUGCGUGAUAAAUAGAUAUGAGUGAUUCCUUUAUUACUUCUAUAUAUUUAUUUUAUCUUAUAAAUUCUGCAUCAUUUUAAUGCUUAAACACUCAUUUUAUUUAUUAAAUAAUAGGUCAACUUACAUUUUAUGCGUAAGU